UCCCUGCGAGAGUGUGUGUGUGUGUGGAUGUGUGAGUGUGUGGGAGAGAGAGGGACGCAGGCUAAUCUCUCCUUCCAGGACACCUCUCUGUCCACGGGAAGCACCCAUGACCGGGCGGGUUUAACCGCGGAGGACCCCGACCGCAGACCUCGGCUCCCCCUCCCCCCACUGUGGGCUGGUUGCCAUGGAGAGCUCAUCGGUAGCAUCAGCGUCGUCAGAGGCGGGAAGCACUCGCUCGCAGGAGAUCGAGGAGCUGGAGCGCUUCAUCGACAGCUACGUGCUCGAGUACCAGGUGCAGGGACUCCUGAGCGACAAGACCGACACAGAGCAGGAUGUGGACAAGAUCCAGUCCCACACCUCACAGUGGACCGAAAACUGCAGUGAUAAGAUUGAUGGGAGCUGGUCGUCCUCACGGGACAGGGGCUCGUCCAAACCAGAUGAUUGGGAGCACAGUAGUAAUGGCAGCACCGGCUCUAGACCCAGUUCAGGUUCUCGGCCCGGUUCUGGUUCUAGAUCAGACAGCAGAGGACGAAACAACCAGUUCAGAGCUCCAGCAAAGAAUGGAAACAAGGACUGUUCUAUGGACAUCCUGGGAACGGACAUUUGGGCUGCUAACUUGGACUCUCAUGGAGGCGCUACAUGGGACAUGCAGCCGGAGAAACUGGAUUUCUCACAGUUUCACAGGAGGCCGUACAGAGGGACACCGAAACACCUCCCGCACAUUGACCGAGAAGGGAUGAUAAAGGGCAAAUUCGAGAAUGACGAAGAUGAUGAUGAUGAUGGUAUUGACCUGGAAAACAUGGAGAAGUUCCUGCCCAGCCUGCCGGUUUUUCCUCCUCUGCCUAAUGAAGCUGAGAUCGCACACACUAAAAAACUGUUUCGCCGCCGCAGAAAUGACCGCCGCCGAUGCAAUCCGCCCCAGGAUGAUCUGACGGUGCUGUUGCCAGCCGAGGGGAGACGGCAAGUGUCCAGGAGACCGCAGCGCCUGCCUGGGGGAGGAGGGACUGGUGGGAAAUCCCAGAAUCCUCCUCUUCAGCAGCAGCAGCAGCAGCAACAGCCCAAUCAGAUGCAACAGCCCAACACUGAGCACCAAUCAGGAGCCGGCAUGAAGCACGGAGGGCGGGGUUACCAGGGCCAGCAGAACCAGGGAGGGCGGCAGGGCGGGCCACAUCAUGGCUACAGCCAGAACCGUCGCUGGCAUCAGCAUCCCAAACACCAGACGAACAGUUUCAGUCAAGGGCCCUCGGGGGUCGACAGGGGCCUCACACGCAAUACCAAAGAGACAGAGAAUGUAAAACAUGAGGAGCCAGAGCCCCACACAGAGAGAGGAGCGAAGGACGAACCUGCGAAAGAUGAGAGAAAGAAAGAAGACAAGGAGGAGAAGACGGAGAGUGGGAAGAUCUGCUUACUACAGUCGUCAAAAGAGAGACUGAGGAGGAGAUUGAAAGCAAAGGAGGACGUUCCCGUGGCGACGGCCGGACCUCAGCGUAACCGAAUGGACAGAUUACUAGAGAUUCUAAACAGCAUGAAAAACAACAGCAGUGGUGUGGAGGUUCAGCUCACCUCGUUCAUGGAGGAGGCGCAGAGCUCAGCCGACUCUGAGGAGACGCUGAACCAGAUCGUGCUCACCAUUUACAGCAAGGCCGUCAGCGACCGAAGCUUCGCUGCCACUGCCGCCAAACUCUGUGACAAGAUGGCUCUAUUCAUGGUGGAAGGCACCAAGUUCCGCUCUCUGUUACUCAACAUGUUGCAGAGGGACUUCAAGCGUCGUGAGGAGCUCCAGCAGACUGAUGUGGAGUGCUGGCUGGGCUUCAUCACGUUUCUGUGUGAAGUGUUCGGCACCAUGAGGAGCAGCGCUGGAGAGCCGUUCAGAGUGCUGGUGUGUCCCAUCUACUCCUGCUUACGAGAGCUUCUGGAGUCUCCUGAGGUGAAGGAAGACGCUGUUCUCUGCUGUUCUAUGGAGCUCCAGAGCACCGGCCGACUGUUGGAGGAGCAGCUUCCCGAGAUGAUGACGGAGCUGCUGGCCGCGGUGCGGGAUAAGAUGUUGUGUCCGGCUGAGUCCCAGCUGACGCGCUCGCUCCUGAUGGAGGUCAUCGAGCUUCACGCUCACCACUGGAGCCCUCUGGAGGCGCUGACCACUGCAUACUACAACAGAACCAUCCAGAAGCUCACGGCCUGACCACUGCACAACACAACACACACAUCCAGAGACUCGUCUAACUAACCACUACAGGUCACGGACAUGCUACAACACACACACACACAAGCAUUCUGCAAUAGGAUGGAUGAGACAGGGCGUUGUGGGAUGAGGGUCAGAGGUCAGAGGCUAAAAUAUGCAGAUUGAAAUGAAUAUGUAUAUGUUCACACUUCACAUCAGCAUAUUCAUGAGCUGACCCAGACACACAGACGCAAAACCAGACAGUCAUUAGACGCGCACGCAGACUGUCUGGCAUUCUUUCUAGACAAAAUGUCAGAAAGAGAAAUCUAAAGAAAAAUGUAAAACAAAAAGUAUUUAAAGAGAAAAAAAUGUUUGCACAAAAAAUGAAGCCUAUUUUUAACCUUCUCAUCAAUAUUUUAGCAUUUAUUUAAUUCAUCAUGGUCUUUUAUUGCAUUGUCAUUAUUUUCAUCAAUUAAGCACAUUUCCCCCCAAAAAAUAUAUCAUCAUGAUGUAUAAAUACUUUAAAAUUUAAUUAAUGCAUCGUUAUUGUUUUUGCAUUUGAGUGAUAAUAAUUUUGAGAUUGUUUGUUACAUUUUUUUUUUUAAGAAUUGCAUUACAAAUGCACCAAAUAUUCAUGAUAGUUAUGUCACAGUGCUGCAAAAUCGAAUUGUUCCCAGUAAUAGGCUUCAAUUUAAGGAAAAUUUGAAAUUCUUUAAACAUGAAGCCAUGAUUAAAUUUUUUUUUACACAUUUUACACUUUUUUUUUUAAACAUGAUUUUUAAAGUUUUUUUGUUGUUUUUGCAUUAUUUUCAUGGUUGUUAAAAUUGCAUAGUGCAUAAAUAAUUAACUGUCAUGAAUUUAACGAAGGGAUUAUUCGGGGGGUUAAAGUUUUUAUUGGGUGUGGUGUGAGGUUAUUUUAGCUACAAAUAUGCUUAAUAUUCAUGAAAAUAAUGCUCAAAAAGUCUUAAUGGUCCUAAAAAUAGGCUUCAUUUUCUUUCAGCAAAAUCUUAAUUUCUUUCUUUUGAUUUUGUUGUCAAAUAUUCCCUGGAGUUUUCUGUGUCCUGGAGGCUGUGCUUCAUCCAUCCGUCCCGCUCCGGGCCCCAGGCGUCAGGAGCACGCCGUCGACCCACAGGGGCGUCCAGCUGGGGUCACGCUGGCUUUCUUUUGUCAGAAACACACACAGCACUCACAGCAGAUGGCUGCGGGAGGUGUGUGUGUGUGUGUGAGGACACAAUUGAACAUGAAGUGGUCAGGUUCUUCACGAACAUAAAUCGGAUCUCUUGAGUUUCCUGUUCCGUCUCGGGCCGCGUCCCUGUUUAUAAUGUGUUAUAGUGUCCUUAAUAUUAUGCAUUAUUGUUGUUAUUAUUAUUACUUUAUUUUACUCUUGAAGUCACAUUUUUUUUUUACAAAAAACAAAAAAACGUAUAAAUGUACAUGUAAUAGGCUUCGUUUGUGAAAUGCAAGCAGAACGCAAAUUAUUCCGAAAAAAAAAAAUGAAAUGGUGACACUUUACUCAAAGCCUUUAUCUAUAAUGCAUUAUAAAGAUAUUUACAAUGUGAAAAUAUGUCAUAAUGCAUUGUAUCUUUUCAUAAAUAAUUGUAACCGAAGUAAAAUGCAUUAUAUUUGCAGAUGUUGGUUAUGUUUUAAUGCAUUAUACUUUCUAAAGGUAUAGAUUUGUAUUAUAAUUGUAGUUACAAUGAUCCAUGAUAUCAUACAAUAAAAACACAUUUAUAAUGAAUUAUAUAUAAAGGUUUUAAGUAAAAAGGGUUGCCCAACAAAUCUUACGUCGCGUUCGAUUUUGUAUGAACGUAAGGAUGAUUUCUGAAUGAUUCAUCUACUCGUUUUUCAUGAAUGCCAUUUGUGUUUUUAGAAGUAGAUCUGUUGCACAGGAUUACUUUGGUUUUGCACUGUUUUAAGGCGAUCGCUUUAAAAACUAAGAAGAUAAACGUGUAUGUGAAAAGUGUCGCGGGUUGUGGAGGAUUUCGAAUGUUAGUGGAACACUUUUUGCUAGAAUGAACGGUAGAGUCAGAUUUUGGGAGAAAAUAGUGGCCUUGGAAACCCCUGCGAGUUUGACGACUGCUCUUGAGUUGCUGAGCUCCUGAUAGACAGGCCCGUGCAGCGAAGAGGACUUUUAUUACUGCCCUGCAAUGUUCAGCUUCCUAAAUAGACAAUGUGAGAUGUUAAAAACGUAAAAAAAAAAAAAAAAAUCGAGCAUGAGUCGAAAUGAAA